AUGAGUGUUGUCGGCGUUGAUCUCGGAACCGUCAACACGGUCAUUGCCGUCGCCAGGAAUCGAGGUGUCGAUGUUAUCGCAAAUGAAGUCUCCAACCGGGCGACACCAUCUCUGGUAGGCUUCGGCCCCAAGGCACGAUACCUCGGCGAGACGGCCAAGACACAAGAGAUCUCCAACCUCAAGAACACCGUCGGCUCGUUGAAGCGCCUCUGUGGCCGCUCCCUCUCCGACCCCGAUGUCCAGCUCGAGCAGCAGUACAUCUCCGCGCCCCUGGUCGACAUCGACGGCCAGGUCGGCGCCGAGGUCAACUACCGCGGCCAGAAGGAGAGGUACACCGCCACACAACUUACCGGCAUGUUCCUCAGCAAGAUCAAGGCCACAACCUCAGCCGAGCUCAAACUCCCCGUCUCCGACAUCGUCCUCAGCGUGCCCGCCUGGUUCACAGACAUCCAGCGCCGCGCCCUGAUAGACGCCGCCGAGAUUGCCGGCCUCAAGCUGCUGCGCCUCAUGAACGACACCACCGCCGCCGCCCUCGGCUACGGCAUCACCAAGCUCGACCUGCCCUCGGCCGACGAGAAGCCCCGCCGCGUCGUCUUCGUCGAUGUCGGUCACAGCGACUUCACCUGCUCCGUUGUCGAGUUCAAGAAGGGCGAGCUGGUCGUCAAGGGUACCGCCUGGGACCGCCACUACGGUGGCAGGAACUUCGACAAGGCCCUGGUCGACCACCUGCAGAAAGAGUUCCUUGCAAAGUACAAGAUUGACAUCUUCUCCAACCCUCGCGCCAUCGCACGUGUGCACGCCGCCGCCGAGAAGACAAAGAAGAUCCUGUCGGCCAACCAACAGGCCCCCGUCAACAUUGAGUCCCUCAUGAACGACGUCGACGUCUCCGCCAUGGUCACCCGCCAGGAGUUCGAGGCCCUCAUCGACCCGCUUCUCAGCAAGACCACCGGCCCCCUGGAGCAGGCCCUGGAGCAGGCCAAGCUCACCAAGGACGACAUCGAUGUUAUCGAGGUCGUCGGUGGUGGUUCCCGUGUGCCCGCCGUCAAGGACCGCAUCCAAGCUUUCUUUGGCAAGGGCCUGUCCUACACCCUCAACGCCGACGAGGCUGCCGCCCGUGGCUGCGCCUUCAGCUGCCAUCCUGACGUCAUCCCCUACCCUAUCGAGUUUGCCUGGGAGAAGGCCGCAGACAUUCCUGAUGAGGACACGAGCCUGGUCGUCUUUAACAAGGGCGGCGUUCAGCCCUCCACCAAGAUUCUGACCUUCUACCGCAAGCAGGCCUUCGACCUCGAGGCCCGCUACGUUAAGCCCGAUGAUCUUCCCGGCAAGAUCAACCCCUGGAUCGGCCGUUUCUCGGUCAAGGGCGUUAAGGCCGCCGGAGGCCCUGACGACUUCAUGAUCUGCAAGCUGAAGGCCCGUGUUAACAUCCACGGCGUCUUGAACGUGGAAAGUGGGUACUACGUCGAGGACCAGGAGGUCGAGGAGCCCAUCCCCGAGGAGGAGCCCAAGAAGGAGGAUGGCGAGAAGAAGGACCCAGAUGUGAGUACUCCAGCAGUUGAUCAUUUUCAUAAGUCGUCGCCCGCAAAACGGAAGCCGUCAACUUCUCCGCCAGCGGAGAAUGGGGCGACCGAGAUGAACCGCAAGCGAACCUGUCCUCAGAACGGCCACAGCGAAGCUGCGUCGAUCUUAUCCGACGCGCAGCAACACGGGGACCCCCAGCUAACCAAAUCAAAGGCCAUGGAGACAGACAACAAGGAGGAGAAGCCCAAGACGCGCAAGGUGAAGAAGCAGGUGCGCAAGGGAGACCUGCCUAUCGUCGCCGCCAACCUGUCCCUCGACGAGUCCGGCAAGAACAACCUGAUCGAGAAGGAGUACUCGAUGGUGAUGGAGGACAAGCUGGUCGCCGACACCGAGGAGAAGAAGAACGAGCUCGAGACGUUCAUCUACGAGCUCCGCAACAAGCUCGACGAGCAGUAUGCUGAGCUUGCCAGUGACGAGGAGAAGGAGAAGAUCAAGGCCAAGCUGGAGGCUUCCGAGGACUGGCUGUACGAGGAUGGUGAGGACACUACCAAGGCUGUCUACGUCGCCAAGAUUGACGAGAUCCGCGCACUGGCCGGCCCCAUCAUCCAGCGACAUUUCGAGAAGGUCGAGGCCGAGCGCCAAGCGGUCCAGGCCAAGGUGGACGCCGAGCGGGCAGCCAAGAAGGCGGCCGAGGAAGAGGCCCGCAAGCAGGCCGAGGCCCAGAAGGCUUCCCAGGAGGGCGCCAACGGCAAGGAUGCCGAGAUGCCAGACGCAGACGCACCAAAGGCAGAGGUCGAGGAGGCCCAGGACCCGAAAUAG